CAGGCGCGAAGGGAGGGAGCGGGCCCGAGACUGCAUCAUUCCGCACCGGCUGCAGCACAGCCAGAGGGAGCAGGUGGAGCGAGCGAGCGAGCGAGACGCGAGCCGGGGAGCGCCAGGCCCCGGGGAGACUGCAGUGACGCUGCCCGGGAGACAUGGCGGCCGGGCGCCUCUGAAUAAGCAGAAUCCGGAGCCCCUCGUCGUCCCCGGCCGCCGCAGCCCAGGCCAUGCCGCACGGCUGCUGACCCAGAGGACACAUGCGGCAGCGGCUGCCGCCUCGCCCCUGAUCCUCUCCCUGCGUUCUCCAUGUUGCGUUUCUCCUCAGUUUCUCCGGCAGUGUAGCCGCUGCCGCCGGAGCAGCAGUCGGGGAAUCGUUGCUCAUUCAUCCAGCCACACUUUUCUUUUCCAUUUUUACCCUUCCCUCCCCACCUCCUUCCCCCUUCCCCCGCCUGCUUUGCAUCCGUCUCCCCACCCCGACACCCCCCUCCUGCCUCCAUCCACCGGGGCUAUGGCCGCAGAAGAGGUAUUGCAGACUGUGGACCAUUAUAAGACUGAGAUAGAGAGGCUGACCAAGGAGCUCACAGAGACGACCCACGAGAAGAUCCAGGCUGCCGAGUACGGGCUGGUGGUCCUGGAGGAGAAGCUGACCCUCAAACAGCAGUAUGACGAGCUGGAGGCUGAGUACGACAGCCUCAAACAGGAGCUGGAGCAGCUGAAAGAGGCCUUUGGGCAGUCCUUCUCCAUCCACCGGAAGGUUGCUGAGGAUGGAGAGACUCGGGAGGAAACGCUUCUGCAGGAGUCUGCAUCAAAGGAAGCUUACUAUCUGGGGAAGAUCUUGGAGAUGCAGAACGAACUGAAACAGAGCCGGGCUGUGGUCACCAACGUUCAGGCAGAAAAUGAGAGGCUCACAGCCGUUGUGCAGGAUCUGAAGGAGGUAAACAGCAAACUCCCUGUGAGAGAUUUGUGUGAGCAAGCAAUAAGUUAA